GGGUUACCGAAAGAAGCCCGGCAGAAGGGAAAAGGAAAGACAGCAUCCGUUCCGAGUAGGGAGGAGGCACAAAGUUAUGUUGUGUGUUGUGUGUUGUGUGUUGUGUGCUGUGUGCUGUAUGCCUCCUCAACUCCACAAAGGAACUCUUGAAAAGAAAAAGAAAGAUAGGGAAGGCGUUUAAAACACUUGUUCCUGCUCCCCAUACUACUUCCCUCUAUCUUCCAACAUUCUCAAUCAACACCCAUUAUUUUAAUCCUUUGAUUAAUUAAUUAAUAUUCCUCGUGCGUCGCUUUUUCUUCAAGGUUACUGCAUCACUCCUAAUUCUCACACUCAAGCACCGUGCUCCUUCCUUCAUUCGCUGCUUCACUCACAUCAACCAUUCCGUGCACUCAACUCUCUUCUCCCAAUAAUCAAUCACCAUGGCGUCACUAACAGCGGUUUCCCAAACCCAAUCCGUAUUUAUUAAGCCACACCUCGUCGCUAAGCCUCGCCAAUUCCGUUCCGUUUUCUUACCUGCGAGGUUACCGUUUCGUGGCGUUGGCGUGGCGAUGCCGAGGAAGAGCUUAAUCGUGUCGGCGACGACGGCGGAGAAGCAGAAGAAGCGGUACCCGGGGGAGUCGAAGGGGUUCGUGGAGGAGAUGAGGUUCGUGGCAAUGAAGUUGCAUACGAGGGACCAAGCCAAGGAGGGUGAGAAAGAGGUGAAGGAACCCGAGGAGAGAGCGGUAACGAAGUGGGACCCAACAAUUGAAGGGUACCUCAAGUUCCUUGUGGAUAGCAAGCUCCUUUAUGACACGCUCGAGAACAUCGUUCAAGAAGCUCCUCAUCCUUUUUAUGCUGAAUUCAGAAAUACUGGAUUGGAAAGGUCUGCAAGUUUGGAAAAAGAUUUGGAGUGGUUCAAGGAGCAAGGUCAUACCAUUCCUGAACCUUCUUCUCCAGGUCUUACCUAUGCACAAUAUCUUAAGGAGUUAUCUGUGAAGGACCCCCAAGCCUUCAUUUGCCACUUCUACAACAUCUACUUCGCCCAUACAGCUGGUGGUCGAAUGAUUGGGAAAAAGGUUGCUGAAAGAUUACUUAACAACAAGGGGUUGGAGUUCUACAAAUGGGAUGGUGACCUUCCCCAGUUGUUGCAGAAUGUGAGGGACAAGUUGAAUAAAGUUGCUGAGGAAUGGUCUCGGGAAGAAAAGAACCACUGUCUGGAAGAAACAGAAAAAUCGUUCAAGCUCUCAGGAGAGAUUCUCCGUUUAAUUCUAUCAUGAUAAUAGGUGCCCUGAUAUCUGUGUAAUUAUGGAUAUUAAAGCUCACGAUGGAAGCCAAAAAAAUAUUGUCAUAUAUAUUAUUUAAUUUCAUUUCAUCCUUGCAAAGGAUUAAUGGAACUGUUGUUUGCAUGGAAGCUGUCUUUUGUUGAUUUACUUGCCUCUCUCAUAGCUUAAGAGUUCUUUGUUGCCGAGAAUGGAACUUACGGAUAAUACUGAGCCAAAAAAUGCUAAUUUGAUUUU